GCUGUGGUCACCCUUUCCAGUGGCUGUGGAGGGGUUCGGAUGAGCCCGCGGAGCUCAUCCUGGUAGCCAUCUCUCACGGCCCCAUCCGCCCACAGGCUCUGACCGGGCUCGCAGGGUCGGCAUGGACCCGGCGCAGCACACCUCUUGGCCCCCUGGCUUAGCUGUCUCAUCGCUGCAGAACCUGGUGACCUUCGAGGAUGUGGCUGUGCGCUUCUGCAAAGAGGAGUGGGGGCUCCUUGAUGCAGCCCAGAGGCAUCUGUACCACAGUGUGAUGCUGGAGAACCUGGAGCUUGUGACCUCACUUGGUUGUUGGCAUGGAGUGGAAGAUAAGGAGGUACAUUCUAAGCAGAAUGCUUCUGUAGAAGUGGUGUCACAGGCCAGGAUUCCUAGUGUACAUCCUUCCACCCAAAAGGCUGACAACUGUGACAUGUGUGACCCAUCCUUGAAAGACACUUUGCACCUAGAUGGACAUCAAGGAACACAUCUUAAGUUGACUCCCAACACAUGUGUAGCAUGUGGAAGAGGGUUUUGGUUUGGAGCAAACCUUCACCAGCAUCAGAAGGAGCACAGUGGAGAAAAGCUUUUCAGAUGGGUCAAGGACAGGGACUUGUUUGUGAAGAGCUCAGCAAGCUCAGUAGUCUACCUGUCAGAGAAGCCCUCUGCUUGUGGGUUAGGUGGUAAGGAUGUCUCUGCCAGCCAUGACCCCCUCCAGCACCCAAACACUGAUGGCAGUGGGACACCACAUACGAGCACAAAAGGCAGGGACGUCUCAGGCUCACCAAAUGGUUCCAAUCUUGGGCAGCUCCCAGAAGUUAAUACCUCACAGAAGCCCUUCAGCUGCAAUGACUGUGGAAAAGGCUUCCAGAAGACUUCCAUCCUCCUCAACCACUUGAAAGCUCACUCUGAAGAGAGACCAUUUAGAUGCCCAACAGUUGGCAACUCCUUGGAGGAGAAAUCAAACCUCGUUAAUGACCACAAAUUUCAUACUGAAGAAGCAUCUUAUGUAUGUAAGGAGUGUGGGAAGUCCUUUAGUCACCCAUCUAAACUGAGGAAGCACCAGAAAUUUCACACUGGAGUAAAAUGUUAUGAGUGCAGCAACUGUGGGAAAACCUUCAGCCACAAACUCACGUAUGUUCACCACCGGAGAAUUCACACAGGAGAAAGGCUUUAUGAGUGCAGUGACUGUGGGAAAGCUUUCAAUAACUGGUCACACCUCACUCGGCAUGAGAAAGUUCACACUGGAGAAAGGCCUUUUGAGUGCAGCAAAUGUGGAAGAGCCUUCAGCCAAAGCUCCAAUUUCUUUCGGCAUCAGAAAGUUCACACCCAAGUAAGGCCUUAUGAGUGCAAUCUGUGUAAUAAGGCCUUCAGCCGCAGCUCUGCUCUCAUUCAGCACUGGAGAGUUCACACCGGAGAAAGGCCUUUUGAGUGCGGUGAGUGUGGGAGAGCUUUUAACAAUAACUCCAACCUUGCUCAGCAUCAGAAAGUUCACACUGGAGAACGGCCAUUUGAAUGCAGUGAAUGUGGAAGAGACUUCAGCCAAAGCUCCCACCUCCUUCGACAUCAGAAAAUUCACACUGGAGAACGGCCUUUUGGAUGCAGUGAAUGUGGGAAAGCCUUCAGCAAUAGCUCCACCCUCAUUCAGCACCAGAAAGUUCAUACCAGACAAAGGCCUUAUGAGUGCAGUGAAUGUAGAAAAGCCUUCAGUCGCAGCUCCAGCCUGAUUCAGCACUGGAGAAUUCACACUGGAGAAAGGCCAUAUGAGUGCAGUGAAUGUGGGAAAGCCUUUGCUCACAGUUCCAGUCUCAUUGAGCACUGGAGAGUUCACACAAGAGAAAGGCCUUAUGAGUGCAAUGAAUGUGGGAAAUUCUUUAGCCAAAACUCCAUUCUCAUUAAACAUCAGAAAGUUCACACUGGAGAACGGCCUUAUGAGUGCACUGAAUGUGGGAAAUUCUUUAGCCGAAAGUCCAGCCUUAUCUAUCACUGGAGAGUUCACACUGGUGAAAGGCCUUAUGAGUGCAGUGAAUGCGGGAGAGCAUUCAGCAAUAACUCUCACCUGGUUCGUCACCAGAGAAUUCACACAAACGAAAGGCCCUAUGAGUGCAGCCAGUGUGGGAAAGCUUUUAGUGAAAGAUCCACACUUGUUCGACACCAGAUAGUUCACACCAGAGAAAGGACUUAUGAGUGUGGCCUCUGUGGGAAGAUCUUCAGUCGUCUCUGCAACCUUGCUCAGCAUAAAAGGAUCCACACCUGAGUGGAGCCAUAUGGAAAUGGUCUGUGAGAAAGUCUUCACCCCAGUCAAACUUCAUGGAGCAGAGUACCCACAGAGAAGCUACCUACGUGUGUCCCUGAUGUGCAAGAGGCUUCAGGAUCUGCUCUGCCCUUUCUGAGCAGCCCAGGAACCUAGGCAGUGCUGUCCCCCAUCUGGAGCAUAAAGCUCCUUCCAGCUGCCUGGAUCCAAAUAUUUGCAGCAGUCACCUAUAUAGACAUGGAGAGAAAAUACCUCCCCAUGCCUCCCUUCUCCUUUCCUGGAGAGAAUCAGGAUUUUCCAAGGCUCACUGGAAUGGCUUCAUUCCCAUUGCCUCUGAGAGGGUUAGGGAAUGAACCACCCCCACGCUGGUGGAAGGCCUUGAGGGAUGUCCAGUUUGGUCCUGGGAAGAUGCAUGUUCCUCAUGGACAUAGAAAACUCUGCAUGUAAUCCCAGUGAUGUGUCCAAGGAGCCCAUGACUCACCUCCCAACCAACCACCUACCUUGGUCUGCUCUUUACUGUGUGAUAAUAACUUCAUUGGUCAAGUCAUUAAUCCUGGGGGUUGUGGUGGGUCAGGUUGGUUAAACAACUGGAGGGAGUGGGGGAUGGCUGAUAGGGGGCACCCAGCAGUAUCUGCCUCAGGCAGCAUACAGUAGGGAUGCAGGGACAUGCUCUGUGUCCUCUCGUGGCUUACUUUGCAUUGCUGUCUGAAUGACUGGGAGAAACUGAAGGGAUUGUGGAGUGAACCUACAGGCCUAUGUUCCAGUUACCUGAGGGGCCAGAGCUCACCCUGAGGAAGGAAGGUGUUAGUCUGCAGCAUCAGAGUGGUCUGUCAGAUCAGGAGGCAGGAAGGCCCCUAGUUCUCAGAAGGAAGUCAGGGUUUCCCUUUUUUACUUUGCUAUUUGUGUUCUUUGAUGCACAAAAGUGUUGAAUUUUGAUGAAGUCCAAUUUGUCUAUUUCUUCUUCUGUUGCCUCUGCCUUUGGGAUUAUACUGAAGAAAUCACUUGCAGAUCCAGUGUCAUAGAGCUCUUCCUCUAUGUUUUCUUCUAAAAAUUUCAUGGCUUUAGCUAGUAAGUUUUUAAGUAUUUGGUCCAUUUUUAGUUAAUUUUUGGGUAUGAUGUAAGGUAAACGUACAACUUAAUUCUUUUGCAUGUGGCUAUCCAGUUUACCCAGCACCAUUUGUUGAAAAGACUGUCCUUUCUCCAUUGAUAGUCUUGGCUCCCUUAUUGAAAAUCAUUUGGCCACAUACUUGAGGGUUCAUUUCUGGGCCCUGUAGUUUAUUCUGUUGGUCUGUAUGUCUGUCAUUAUGUCUGUCACUGUUUUGAUUACUGUUGCUGGUUUUGUUUGUUUGUUUUGUUUUUGCUUUGUGGUAAAUUUUGAAAUUAGGAAGUGUGAGUCCUCUAAUUUUGUUCUUCUUUUUCAAUAUUGCUUUGACAAUUACAGGGUCUGCUGAAAUUCCAUAUGAAUUUGAGUAUGGAUUUUUCUAUUUCUGCCAAAAAAACAAAAAACAAAAAACUUUGGGUUUUGGGGAUUGCAUCUGAAUUUAUUCUUCUUUUGUGUGAUUUGCUUAUUCAGUAGAAAAUGGCAAAAGUAAUGAGGUUCACUCCAAUGGUUACAUUAAGUUAUAGAAGAGUCCAUCUUGCUAGCAGACUCACUACUGCAGAGAUUCUCAUUGCUUGCUUAAUGAAGUAAGUGAUCAUACUGGGGAAAUCUACGUGACACGGUACUAGGGGUGGCUUCUAGAAACUGCUGGCAGCCUGUAGGAGCUGAAGAAAAAAACUGAAGCUCUCACUUCUUACUGCCACAAGGAAAUGAAUGCUGCCAAUAACCAGAUGAACUUGGAAGGAGAACUCCAAACCAACACCUUGAUUUCAGAUUUGUAAAACCUGAAUCAGAGGACCCAGGUAAUCUGUGCCUGAACUCCUGACACACAGAAACCACACAGACACAUGAUCUGCAAGCUUGUGGUAACUGGUUACACAGCAACAGAAAACUAAUACAGAUUUUAUUACCUGAAA